AUCUACUCCCCGGCCGCCGCUCCACCUCCACCGUCCUGGGCGCCUAGGCCGCGGAUGAUGCGGCAGGAUGGGCAGCAAGCCGAGCAGCUUCACGGAGGAGCAACUGGAGGCGCUGCAGGUGUGCACCUUCUUCACCCGGAAGGAGAUCCUCAGGCUGCACGGCAGGUACCGGGAGCUCGCUCCUCACCUGGUGCCGCUGGACUACACCAGCAAGCCCGACGUCAGAGUCCCUCUCCGUCUCAUCACCAGCAUGCCCGAGCUCAAGGAGAAUCCCUUCCGUGAGCGGAUCGUGGAGGCCUUCUCCGAGGACGGGGACGGAAACCUGAGCUUCAACGACUUUGUGGACCUGUUCUCGGCCCUGUGCGAGACCUCGCCCCGAGAACUCAAGACCAUCCACGCCUUCAAGAUAUAUGACUUCAACAGGGACGACUUCAUCUGCCCGGAGGACCUGGAGAAAACCCUGACCACGCUGACCAAGGGCGAGCUGACUGCCAGCGAGGUGAGGCUGGCGUGCACCAAGGCGGUGGAGGAGGCCGACCUGGACGGGGACCGCAAGCUCUCCUUCUCAGACUUCGAGAACAUGAUCUCCAAGGCCCCGGACUUCCUCAGCAACUUCCACAUUCGCAUCUGAAGCUGGAUGACGGCGCCCCUGGUGGUCGGUGGUGCUCCUGUGCUGAACGAAGUCACGUCCUGAUUCUGUCACGGAAACACGCACGCGCUUUUUACUCACCGUGCCAGACCUGCUUUGACCACACGACUGUGUACGCAGUGGCCAGGAACCUUUUUGACUGAGGGAGCCGAGAAAACCUCAGAUUUUGAAAUGUAAUUCCAUAUAUAUAUAUAUAUGAAUAUAUAUAUAUAUACAUAUAUACACACACAGGAGUUCUUGCUCCACUGAUCCCACUGAUGCACAAGACACAUGGCAGCAAGGAUGAGAACAACAACAACAAACAUGGAGGAAUCCUGCCUGAACCAAAGCAAACAGAUGCUUUUGUUUGCUUUGUUUUUCACUACACAAUGUCCAGGGUUUCCACUGCUCUGAAUGGACUUGAAAUUCUUAUAACAUUGAAAUUCUUAUUCAGAUAUUUCCAACACAUUAAAAGAGCUUCAGUUUGAAUACGGUGAUAUAAAAACUUGAAUAUAGUCACCAUGGUGAUUUAUUGUUAAACUGAUGCAAAAUAAACACAUUUUUUUGUUGUUGUUGUUUUUGUUUUGUUGUUUAAAUGUAUGUGUGGCUCCAUCAUUUGAUUCAGUCAUAUACCACAUUCAUUCACAUUAAAAAAUGUGGAUUAUUUUUUUAAUGGAAUCCCAACCCUAAUAUAUAUAUAUAGACUUAGACAUAGACUUAGACUUUCUUUAUUGUCAUUGCACAAAAACAUAUCACUGUAUUAUAGCAAGAAAAUUUCCAGAAACAAAAACUAUGUCCAACUACAAUAAAUAUCAGAUAAAUACUAACAAAGAAUAAAUCAAUAAAAAUAAAAAUAUAUCGGUCUAUUGUUUUCUAUUGAUACCACAUGUCUCUGUGAACCGGUGACGUCAAGCCAGCUCUUCCGGGACGACAGUGCAGCCUGUGCUGUGACUGUUGCCGUGACAACGUUAUAUCAGGCCGAGCAGCGUUGGUCCCAUCGCUGUCAAUAACAAACUCAUGUCAGUCAGGCACCAUCACUGUCCAGUUUGGAAACACUUCUUAAGACGCACUUUUACUCUUUGGCUUUGAUACAACCGCACAGCUGAUCUUGUUUGUCAUUGUAUCUGCACAUAUUUUCAUCUUAACAGUACUUCUGCCUUUCAUGUCUUAAUUCUAUGUAUUUAUUAUUUUCAAUGUUGGUUUUGUCUUGAUUUUACAGUCUGCACAGCACUUACUGACGAUCUGGUGUUGUUUUCCAAGUGCUUUGUAGAUAAAUGUGGUGUGGCGUGGAAACUCAGAUACUGUGACCGAAACAGUUCCCAUGAUGCUGUGCAGUCCAGUCAACCAGUGGUGGAUCGCUACAACAUGGCUCCGCCGCCACAGCCGCUCAGCUGAGCCGCACGGCGCUCCGUGGAGAA